AAUUUUUAAGUGGGCUUAAUUAAGUGGCAGUAGUUAAUUAUAGUUUUUGGGUGAGGUCCGAUUGGCCUAGUGCUCAUGUUUUAAAGCCCAUUAGACCCGUGCAUGAAAAAGUGGCAGAUAAGCCAUCCUUCUUCACCACCACCACUCGCUUAGUCGCUGCCUCCGCUUCUUCGUUGUCUCCGACGCCCGGCCAUGGCAAUGCUCUCCGUCGUGGCCGCUCCCAAGCCCAGGUACGCGCCCCUCUUACAAUCGUCCUCCUGCUCUACAGCGCUCCUCCUCCGCCUCGGCCUUCCUCAGCGGGACUCCCGCCGCCGCGUCUACGUCUCCAAGCUGCCCAGCCCGCCGCGACACACUCAGCCGUCGGGGGAGCAGGUGUACCAGCCCUUCCGCCCCCCGCCUUCCCCUCUUCCGGCCAAGUACCGCUCGCUCGGCCCCGCCGAGCGCCUCGACAUCCUCCGCGACCGCCUCGGCUUGUGGCACGAGUACGCCCCUCUUCUCCCCACCCUCGGGAACGACGGUUUCACCCCUCCCUCGAUUGAGGAGAUCACGGGCAUCCCCAGCAUCGAGCAGAAUCUCCUGGUGGUCGCCACCCAGGUCCGCGACUCCCUCGUCUCGACCUCCUUUGACCCCGAGUUGCUCUCCUACUUUGACUCCGGCGGCGGGGCGGAUCUGCUUUACGAGCUCCGCUUCCUGAACGCCACGCAGCGCGCUGCCGCCGCGAUCUACCUGAUCGAGCACCGCCUCGACCCCAAGGCCGCUCAGGAGCUGGCGCGGGCGAUGAAGGACUUCCCGCGCAGGAGGGGCGAUGAAGGCUGGAACUUCUUCUCCGCCUUCUCCCCGGGCGACUGCCUGGCGCACACCUACUUUCGCCUCAGCCGAGAGGCCAUCAACCCUAACGAGCGGGUGGCUGUGCUCAAUCGGGCGAUCGAAGCGGUGGAGACGGAGGCGGCGAGGAAGCGGGUGGAGGAGGAGAUGGAGCGGGCGACCGGGCGUUCGGAGGAGGGCGAUGGGAGCGAAGAGGCGGAGGGGCUGAGGGUGACGGUGCCGAUCGUACGGCUGAGGUACGGGGAGGUGGCGGAGGCGUCGACAGUGACGCUGCUUCCAGUAUGCCGGGCAGCGGAGGGGGAGGAGGGGAUGGCGGCCGCGCCGCGGAGGUGCAAGGCGGAGGGGGAGCUGGGAGUAGUGGUGGCGGAACAGGGGUGGGGGAGGUGGGUGGUGCUGCCCGGGUGGUCGCCGGUGGCGGCGGCGGCGGCAGGAGGGGAAGGGGUGGCGCUGGAGUUCGUGGACGGGAGAGUGCUACCGUGGCGAUCGAGCUGGGGGUGGGAGGAAACGGUGAUAGUGGUCGCGGACCGGGGGAAGCGAGAGGUGACGAAGGGAGCAUACUACGUGGUUGGCGGAGAAAGGAAGGGACUGCGCGUGGAGAGAGGGGCGGAACUGCUGGAUCUGGGAGUGGAGGCGGCGCUUGGGACGGUGGCGCUAGUGGUCAGGCCGCCGAAGGACGAGGACGACGACAUGAUCCGCGACGAAGAGUGGGAUUGAAUCGCGAUCGGUUCCACACCGGAAUUGACGCAAUAAUUUCGCCAUAAACGGAAACGAAAAGUUGAAUUGCGCAGCUGGAAACCUUGAAAAUCGGAAUCCAGAAGAUCACACAAUUGUUUUCCAUCACCAAGGAGAAGAGGAGAAACACAAACAUGUAAUAAACUUUUUUUGCGUUAUUGAAUUUCAAAUGCAUCAUCGUAAUCGAGAAGAGUAUGCUAUCUUGACAUCCUAACUCAUAACAUCGUAUGUACCAUCCCAAUAUAAUAUAAAUUUAUUAAGUAUUUCCCUGAAAAAAAAAAUUCAAAACUAAAAUUUGUAAAAUACAUCUCAACCCCAGUAAACAACACAUUGUAACUUCCAAUAGCAAAGCAUAAUGAAAAUUAUUGAUACACUGAACAAAAUUCGUGUGUCCCAAAUAAGAAUGAGUUUUCAAACCGAGCUAUAAGAAACAUAUCUGUAGGACGCCCACCUGCAAGCGCUUCAAACUAAUUGGUUUUCGACUUGGGAGCCAGCCUCUUGGAUUGUCGUCUUGCAAUAGUGUUCUU